CAUUCAGGCGUCGCCAGGCAGCCGAUGGGUGCGCGCGCACAGCUGUGGGGAUCCGCUCGCACGCGCGCUGAAAGAGAGUCUCUCUCUGUCGCGUCCGCACGUCCCGCGAUGUUCGCCCGCGGUUCUAGAAAGAGGAGCUCCAACGUGUCGUUCAGCCUGCUGGACGACCCUGACCGCGGGCAGCCCUGCGCCGCAUGUGGACAUCGGUGUCCCGGCUUCGUCCUGCACAGCUGGAGGAAGAUCUGUCUGCACUGUAAGUGUCCGCGGGAAGAGCAUGUGGUUGCCGUGAUGCCCUUGGAGAUGGAGAAAACGGUCACCAAGCUGAUGUACGACUUCCAGAGGAACUCCACCUCGGACGACGACUCGGGAUGCGCCUUGGAGGAGUACGCUUGGGUCCCCCCCGGACUCAAACCGGAACAGGUUCACCAGUACUACAGCUCGCUCCCGGAGGACAAGGUGCCUUACGUGAACAGCGCGGGCGAGAAGUACCGCAUCAAGCAGCUCCUGCACCAACUACCUCCACAUGACAAUGAGGUGCGUUACUGCAACACUCUGGAUGAUGAAGAAAAGCGGGAGCUCAAGCUGUUCAGUAACCAGCGCAAGCGGGAGAAUCUUGGUCGGGGGAACGUCAGACCGUUUCCUGUGACAAUGACUGGGGCCAUCUGUGAGCAGUGUGGCGGCCAGAUAAACGGAGGAGACAUCGCGGUGUUCGCAUCGCGUGCGGGCCAUGGCGUCUGCUGGCACCCGCAGUGUUUUGUGUGCAGUGUUUGUGAUGAGCUGUUGGUGGACCUCAUCUACUUCUAUCAGGAUGGAAAGAUCUACUGUGGGAGGCACCAUGCCGAGCGGUUGAAGCCCCGCUGCUCUGCCUGCGAUGAGAUCAUCUUUGCAGAUGAGUGUACGGAGGCGGAAGGCCGCCACUGGCACAUGAAGCACUUCUGCUGCUUUGAAUGCGAGGCGGCGUUGGGUGGCCAGCGCUAUAUCAUGAAGGAGGGCCGGCCGUACUGCUGCACCUGCUUUGAGUCGCUCUACGCGGAGUACUGUGACUCGUGUGGAGAGCAUAUAGGUAUCGACCAGGGCCAGAUGACUUACGACGGGCAGCACUGGCAUGCGACAGAGUCGUGCUUUUGCUGUGCCCGCUGCAAGAAGUCCUUAUUGGGACGUCCCUUCUUGCCCAAGCAGGGGCAGAUCUUCUGCUCGCGCUCUUGUAGCAUGGGCGAGGAGCCCGAUGCCUCCGAUUCUUCUGAUUCUGCCUUCCAGAGUGCGCGCUCUCGUGAGUCCCGCCGCAGUACCAAGGUGGGCAAGAAUGGUGGCGGGUCAGAGGCCCGCCAGCCGACACUGCUGGGGCUACCAAGCCGCUUCCCACCUGACGUUGAUCCGCUCUCCCUUCAAAUGGAUCUCCUAAGCCUCUCCAGCCAGGCACCCAGCCUGACCCGCGAACCGCCAGCAUGGAAGAGCCAGAGUGAGCUGUAUUCGUUGGAGGGCCGUGCAGAUGCUACACCCAGCCCUCUGCAGCUCCUUAGUCAGUGCAACAUGAGGACAGGCUAUAGCCCCACCUUGAGUCCUGGGAACACUCCAGACUCCAGGGCACAGGAGUCCGGUAGCGCUAAGCGGCCCUCGGUAGCAGCUGUGAAGGGGCAGUCUGUGAACGAGAACUGGUUUCACCCAGAACAGAGUGACUACUUUCCACCGAAACCGAAAACCCAGAACACGAUCGAGGCCCCCUCCCGCAAUGGAUUCUCUGACAAACGCUCCAUCAGCCUGCACGUCUUCCAGAGAGAUGUGGAAGCUGUGCCUCAGCUGGGCCGAACCAGGAAUCCUAUCAGCGCACUUAGCUUUACUGGUCAGCUGACCCCCCUGGAGCAGACCCCAAGGGGUUCUAUGGAAUCUCUUGCCCUAUCCAAUGCAACAGGGACGUCUGUGGAUGGCGGCACCAAGCGGCAGGAGCACUUGUCCAGGUUUUCCAUGCCAGACUUGAGUAAGGAUUCCGGUAUGAAUGUGUCAGAGAAAAGCAACAUGGGCACCCUCAACUCUUCGGUCCAGUUCCGCAGCACAGAGUCUCUGCGGAGCUUGAACUCUGCCCAGCCGUACAGCGGCCUGGAGCAGUCGGGGCAGCUCGAGUACCCGCUGCGCUAUCGAGAGUCACCCCGCCUCCCGCAGGGCUUUGCCUUCCAGGAGGAGGAUCGGCUGAGCCUGACGAGCAGUGCCAAUAACGCACGGCUGGCCCCCACAAGUGAGCGGAUACGGCGGCGCGCAGGCGUGCUGGAGGAACCGCCUCGCCGUCGGCACCACCACCGGCGCCGCCGUUCUAGACGCUCCCGUUCUGAGAAUGCUCUGCACCUUGCGGCUGAGCGCCGUGGCCCUGCUCAGGAGCGCCCGCCGCUGCGAGUCUGCGAGGACUACGACCGCUUCAGCUCGAGGGACCCGUUCGGCGGAGGCGGUCGCCUACGGCAAGGUGCUCGUCGACAGUGUCCACGGACCACUUCGGACCUCACCCUCCAAAAUCCCGGUAGUCAUCGUCUGGGGCCGUACCACUGGGAUGAUUAUGAGGACGAGGACGACUGGUGCUCCACCUGUUCCUCCUCCUCCGAGUCAGAUGACGAGGGAUACUUCCUGGGCGAGCCCAUCCCCCGGCCAGUGCAGUUGCGCUACCUGACCGGCGAAGAGCUGCUGCACAAGUACACUUCUGCAGGAAUCGGGGGCCCUGGCUCUCUGGGGGGCCAUGGCCAGCUCCACACACGCAAACGCAGGAAAAGUAAGAACUGCACCAUUUCAUAAGGCACUGGUGGGGGCACCAGCUGGAAACAUUCGCAUCAAGGGUGGAAUGUUUCCAAGCACGGCUGCAGUACAACUUUUUCCUCCAGGGGCAAAAAAGGCCACAAAUUCGCAACUGCAUUUAGUAUCGUAAGGUUUACAGUGAGUGAUAUUCAGUAAGGCAUCUGACAACACAAGUACUUUGCAUGCUUUACAUUAACUGUUGCAGUUUUGUCUCAUUUCUUGCACUUAACAACUAACAUGUAACAAAGGAUAUCUUGUUAACUUUCCUGCUUGGGCUCUGUAAAAGUUCAGUAAAGUUCUGCUAUGUGGUUUUAAUAGUUACUGUUGAAUUAAACUCUAUGAUGUGUAUAUACAGAUUCCUUAAGUUAAUGUUCUUUGUAAAUAUGUAAAUUAUGUAUUUUUAUAUUUUGUAUUGAUAGAAUCAUUUCUGUAUCAUAUAAUGUAGAGAUAGA